AUGUCUUACGAUCGAGCACUUACCGUCUUCUCUCCUGAUGGACAUCUCUUCCAAGUGGAAUAUGCGCUGGAAGCAGUUCGUAAGGGAACUUGCGCAGUUGGUGUUCGCGGUAAAGAGGUCGUAGUGCUUGGUGUAGAAAAGAAGUCGGUUCUUCAACUUCAAGAUGCUCGUACUAUUCGUAAGACUGCCAUGUUGGACGAUCAUAUUUGUCUCGCUUUUGCUGGUCUUACAGCAGACGCACGUAUUCUUAUCGACAAGGCUCGUCUCGAAUGUCAGUCCCAUCGUUUGACUGUCGAAGAUGCAGUUACCGUCGACUAUAUUACCCGUCACGUUGCUGGUAUGCAGCAGAAAUAUACUCAAUCCGGUGGUGUUCGUCCCUUUGGAAUCUCUACUCUCAUCAUAGGCUUUGAUGCAAACAACGCAAAUCCUAAGCUCUACCAGACUGAACCUUCGGGAAUGUACUCAGCUUGGAAGGCAAACGCAAUUGGAAGGAGCUCCAAAACUGUCCGCGAGUUCUUGGAGAAAAAUUACAAGGAUGACCUGAACAAGGACGAGACUAUCAAGCUUGCUAUCAAGAGUUUGCUAGAAGUUGUCCAGACCGGUGCCAAGAACAUCGAGAUUGCACUCAUGGAGGCACAUGGCAGAGUUAGGAAUCUCGAACUGGGCGAGAUCGAAAAGUUUGUCCAACAGAUCAAUGCAGAAAAGGAUGCCGAGGCUGAGAGGAGAAGGAACCGUCUAGCUGCUACCGCAGGUGCACAGGCUUCCAUGUCGUAG